AGGAUCGAGAUGGCACAGCCCACUCUGCCAGUGAAAAAGCUAAGUCUUUGCUGCAUAAAUUAGAGGAAGCAAUUUCAGAACAACUGAGUCUCCAGACUAUAAAUACCGAGUUAGUGAACUCUUGCCAGACACUGGAACAGAAGACAAGAAAACUGAAAACAACAAUCAAGUCACUAAGAAAGAAGUUAAUAAAAGGACGACUCCAUGGCUUGCUGUUUCAGAGCUGUUUAGAUGAGGAAUUACUUCACUAUGAUCCCUUGUCAUGCACAGAUAGAAUUCAGCAUCUUCAAGAACAACUGAAGCAGUGUUACCAUAAACGAUAUAAUGGUCAAGAAACAAGAAUAUAUCAGACUCCUCUAACUUUCAAACAUAGAUGCUGGUACACACCUCUGCUGGAUGCCUUGCAUCUGGAUAGUCUUAUACCAGUUCCAAGACUGGCAUUGACACCUUUCUCAUGUGUAGCCAACCAAAUCCAUGCUUCAUGUGAAAGGCUCAAAUAUGGAGAAAUAGAAGAUGAUGCUUUGGACGUGACUAGAAGACACAAGUUCCCAGGCCCUACAGCUGGUCCCCACUCAGGAACAGCUCCUUCAGGUUGCAUCAGGAUGAAUGAUGACCAAAGUGUGGAAGAGAAUGGUGCUGAACAUUUGGAUUCUAAGAGCCUACCGCAGUCCAGGGACUAUUCCACACUGCCUUCUCCUGGACACACUUCAUCCACUGAGAGUACUGUGACUUCAAGUGAUUCUGGAUCAGAAACUUUGAAUAUGGCUUCUGGUGACCUUGAUUGCAAAUCACUCUGUGAAAAAAAGGAUACAAGAUCAGCUUCUACCGUGAUAAAAUUCAAAGACACAAGUCCAGCUCAUGAGAAUAUUGUGCUCGAAGGCUCUGUGAGUGAAGACAAAAUCAUGUUAAAUCUGGAAGCCAAAGAGGAACCAAAAACAAUAGAUGAGCAUAAAAAAGAAUGUGCUAUGGGAGAUACUGCUGUUUCCUCUAUUCCUGUAACAACUGUGAAAUCGGUUAACUUUAAACAAAGUGACAACACUUCUGCUAAUGAGAAGGAGGUGGAGGCUGAAUUUCUCAGAUUGUCUUUGGGAUUUAAGUGUGAUUGGUUCACCUUGGAGAAAAGAGUAAAGCUUGAAGAAAGAUCCCGUGACUUGGCAGAAGAAAAUUUGAAGACAGAAAUCACUAACUGUUUAAAGCUAUUGGAGUCUUUAACACCUCUUUGUGAAGAUGACAACCAGGCCCAGGAAAUCAUUAAGAAGCUGGAGAAGAGUAUAACAUUCCUUAGCCAGUGCACAGCACGAGUAGCCAGUAGGGCUGAGAUGUUGGGAGCCAUUAAUCAGGAAAGCCGAGUUAGUAAAGCAGUUGAAGUGAUGAUUCAGCAUGUAGAAAACCUGAAGAGAAUGUAUGCCAAAGAGCAUGCUGAAUUAGAAGAACUGAAACAGGUUCUCUUGCAAAAUGAAAGGUCUUUUAAUCCUCUGGAAGAUGAAGAUGACUGCCAAAUUAAAAAACGCUCAUCUUCUCUAAACUCCAAGCCAUCUUCUCUUCGAAGAGUGACCAUUGCCUCUUUACCCAGAAAUAUUGGAAAUACAGGAAUGGUGGCUGGGAUAGAUAAUAAUGACCGAUUCAGUAGGAGGUCAAGCAGUUGGCGUAUUUUGGGCUCAAAGCAGAGUGAACACCGUCCCUCCUUACAUCGAUUUAUCAGCACCUAUUCCUGGGCAGAUGCUGAAGAAGAAAAAUGUGAACUAAAAACUAAAGAUGACUCAGAACCACCUGGAGAAGAAAUCGUAGAAAGGACAAGAAAGCCAAGUCUUUCUGAAAAGAGAAAUAAUCCAUCAAAAUGGGAUGUCUCUUCUGUUUGUGACACAGUAGCUUCCUGGGCAACAAAUCUCAAGACUUCCGUCAGAAAGGCUAAUAAGGCACUCUGGUUUUCUGUUGCAUUAAUUGUACUGUUUGCAGCUUUGAUGAGCUUCCUCACAGGCCGAUUUUUCCAAAAGUCUGUGGAUGCCGCUCCAACACAGGAUGGAGACUCCUGGAUGUCUCUAGAACAUAUCUUAUGGCCAUUUACCAGACUCCAACACAAUGGGCCACCGCCAGUGUGACUGCAGCACCUCCUGACGUGUGUAUCUUGAUUUUUAAAGUUUCAGUAUCCAAACUGUGUAAAUUAGUAACUUUUAGCUAGAAAAAUUAUAGCCUGGAGCUAGAGGUUCUCAGAAUGAGUGUAGGAUAUUUUAAAUUCCUUCUUUUUGUGAUUAUCUCCCUAACUAAAAUACUAUGGGGAAGAGGUCUGCCUAUGAUCUUUUAAAAGUGAUAUUAUAUGUUGUUUGUUAAAAUUUAUUGAAAUAAAGAAUGAUUAAAUCGUCA